AUGCCCGCCUCUGUGCACUCCCAAGACCAGGACCAGUCCAUGUUGGACGCCACCGCCGCGGCGCACCAAGAACAACAGCAGUUCGAGCAAGACGCACCGGAGAUGGAGGAAAAGCGCAUCCUUGUCCUUCCCGGCGCUACCGAGACAGCAGCGUCAUUCCAGUUCGAAGGCGAGGGUCAUACGUUGGGCAAUGCGCUGCGAUACGCCAUUAUGAAGAAGUUGGUGUUACCGCUUUUGGUUGAAUUCUGCGGAUACACCAUUCCCCAUCCUUCUGAGACGAAGAUGAAUCUGCGGAUUCAGACUUAUGACACAACAAACGCGGUGGAAGCGCUGGAGAAGGGCUUGAAUACCGUGAUGGAUUUGUGUGACGUUGUUACGGACAAAUUUACCGCUUCCCGUGAUGCUUUUAAUGCCUCCGAGGCUGAUAAAAUGAAAGCUUAA